AUAAAUUCAGGCGGACUCCUGAGUCACUAGGGGAAUAUUAUACUGGAGACAAAAUUUCAGAUUUUAGAAUGUCAGCUCCAGUUCUUGAAUGUUAGCAGCAAGGAAAAAGGAAAUAAGGGUAUUCAAUGCACAUGGAGGAUGCUUAUCUGCUCAGACUGACAGAUGCAUUUAGGCUACUUGCGCACUGCUCCAUCUGUCUCCUCUCAUCUUGUGGAAAGGAACUUGUUCGUGUACAUCAAAGGAACCCUACUAGAGAAGACAGCGACUUAUCAUUUCUAAGUGAUUAUUCCAAUAAACCAAGCUCAUGCCUUGAGUUAAUAGACAGCCAUUUCCUAAUUUGCAAUUAGGAAGCUUUUUGUGUGUUGACAAACUGUGUUAGGCUCCAGCGCGCAGAUGACCCUAAGAGAGACAGAGGCACCAAAACAGCCAGGAGACACUGAGGCUCGUCACGUGUUGUUUGUCCCUCCCGGAGUCCUUCUUGACUCCAUAGCGAUUUAUAAUCAGACGGCGAAUCACGGGAGCAGCCCACGAUGCCGACGCGCGCCAUGCAAGCGCACACCCAGUCCGGCAGUGCCUGGGAUUGGGUGGAGGGAGUGGUGGCUGCGGACGGAGUCACAGGAUUGGUAGAGUUCAGCGCCAAACUUGUUGACUCAUAACGGAGCAGCUCCUCACCAUCCUUCACGGCGCGGAGCUGUCCAAGGCCAGUGGUGCUGAAACUGCCAGCUUCCGACGCGCCGUUGGAAUAAUUCCGUCGUUUUUCCCUCCGGUUUGUUUGCUCCCACCAAGCCUUUUAAAGUUACCUGAUCUUGUGCAGCACUUCCAGACGUUUGGUUUAAGCGUCGGAUAUUUAUCCACCGUCACCGCUCUAUCCAAGAGCGCACCAAACCUUCAACUUCUUCUCCGAUCAUAUAGAGAACUCUCCGAGGCGCAGCCAUGGCUUUCAUGGUAAAACACGUGGUGGGAGGACAGCUGAAGAACCUGACAGGCGGACUGACGGAGGAGAAACCCGAGGGGGAGAAAACAGAAGCUGCGGCGCAGGGGAUGACUCAAGAGGAAUUUGAACAAUAUCAACAACAAUUAGAGGAGGAAAAACAAGAACGAGAAGCCAGUUUUGCCCAGAAGAAAGCUGAGAGAGCCACAGUUAGAAGUCAUUUCCGGGAAAAGUACAGGCUACCAAAGAAUGAGAUGGACGAGACCCAGAUCCAGCAGGCGGGGGACGAUGUGGUGUUGCCCACAGAGCUGGCCAAGAUGAUUGCUGAGGACAACCAAGAGGAAACGCACAAGCAGUCGGUGCUGGGCCAGCUGUCCAACAUCCAGAAUGUGGACAUCGACCAGCUGAAAGACAAAGCCCAGGCCACAUUGGAAGACCUCAAAAAGCAGACGGAGAAUUGCAGUCUCAUGUGAUUUGGCUAAAUCUUAAGUCCCAGAAGAUUAGAGUUUUUCUGUAUUUUUCUGAGGCAGAGCUGCUCCGGAGGUAGAAAUAUUCUUAUUGCUUGUGUGGAAUGUCAGUUCAGUUGGCGUCACAUAAUAACAGGUUUCCUAUCUGUGCAAAGUUAGACAGAGGCCGUGCAGAAAAAGAAAGUGAAAGAAGCGUAUAUAAAAUCUGGGGCUCAAAAAAAAAGAUUCUAGCCAUAGUGUCAUGGGUGAUCUAGUUUAGUUAGCUUUCCUGUUGACCAUCAGAUAUCCUGAAAGUCAUGUCAUUCAUUUUGUUAUUGAAAUUAGCUAACUUGCACUCUGAAAGACUGCAAUUCAACCAAUGAGAUUAUUUCUGCCUUCAGAGCACCUCCUCCUCGGAGAAAUAUGCGUCUAUUAAAUCCUUUUACUCAUUUACCCUUUUCAUUCCCCCAACCUCCCACACUCCUUGUACCUCACAAGACCAGUGACAACACAACAUGAUUCUGCAGCAGAGGCCUCAGGUGUGUGUGUGUGUGUGUGUGUGUGUGUGUGUGUGUGUGUGUGUGUGUGUGUGUGUGUGUGUGUGUGUGUGUGUGUGUGUGUGUGCGUGUGUGUGCAGGUUUUCAUUGCUUCCAAACACACAGCAGAGGAUUUCACUGACAAACACGCGUACCUUUAACAAGAGAAGAUCACUGAAAUCAGCUGCUUGGUCAGAAUGAAAACACACGGCUGACGCUGGCUCAUGUGAGGAGGCCAUAUGUGUGUUAUGUUGAAUUUGGGCAAUUAUGGAAAACUGGUUAAGGGAAAAUGAAAAUGCAGGAGCCAUUUGUGGGGUUGUUCAUAUUCCACAUACAAAAUCUUACAAAUGGGCAAUAUUAGGAACAAAUGAGGUAGAUUUUUGUCAUAAGUAGCUUACUGAUGUUGGCCCCCUGGAGCCCUGAUGAAAGCUCCCUGUGAGCUGCAUUAAUCUUAGUUUUGACAUAUCAUUAUUAAAGCUUUUAUCAGAGGGGCUUUUUCCCAUACUUCAGUGUGCCUUGGACGUCCAUACAAGGCUGUCUUCUCUAGACCUCCAACAUCUAGCUACUUAUUGCAAAGACAGGACCUUCUUGUUUGUUUCUGCAGGAGGCUUUAAGUUUGAUUAAAAGCAACAAGGAAUUUGUGAGCAGGCGGAAAUGAUGUCUUACUUGAGGGCAGAAUAGAUUUGCUGUCUUUUGUCUGUUGUAAGUACAGUUAAGUUUGUACAAUAACUGUUCUCACACGUCUAACAUACAUAGGGAUGAUCCUGCUGAGGUAAAAAAAAGAAAAGCUGCUCAGAUGAGAGAAAUGUAAAUGCUUAGUCAUACGCUAAAGCCUUUGUUGAAAACACUCACAAAAAUGUUGAACUGUGUAACUGCUGUGUGAGCAUAAGUCACACAUAUAUUUGUGUUGUGUAAGAUGUAGAUGUAUCUGCUGCUUGCCUAUACUGUUGGCAGCGCGUCGUUCUUCACUUGGUUUUCAUCAACUCGCUGCGUCUUGUAGUGUUGUCGACUGUCACAUGACCUUUGACCUGUCCUCCAUCUCUAUGACCCCCGCGUGUGGUGCCGUUUUGUGCUGGUGGAUUCGUGUUGUUUAGCUGGUGUGAUAUGUCAAGUGGUGUCUUAAUAAAAACUUCGUCCUGUGGCAGAGAGUGCUGGUCAUAGUGUUACACAGCGAGUUACGGUGGGCUUACUGCGUAACUCGCUAUUCUGUCUAUGUUGUUUUCUAGCCAAGCUAAGUGAAGGUGGGUGGUGAACCAAGAGGGGAUGUUGUUGAUGUUGUGUUACAUUCAUAUACGCCAGUGUCUGAUUCCUGUGAUGGUCCUACUGCCACAACGUGUUUUUCUGGGUACUUUAUGAUUAUAAAAGUUUUCCUUUUACACGUGCGCAUUUUAUUUUAGAGGAAAAGUGGGCAAAAAUGCAUUGACUGUUUUCUCUAAGGUGAGUGGUAAUUUCCUUGCUGUAGGUGCCACACUACCGCUGAAUGAAAACUUAGGCAACACUUGCCGUGCUUAUUGUCAUGUGAUAGAUAAACAGUAUAUUCGUGACAUUUCAAUAAUAUAAUGCAGAGAAAAAGUUGCAAUAAGUCCUUUUAUAACAGAGCUACUACAAUCUGUUGUGUCCGAUCAUAAGACAAUAUUAAUGGGUGGAACAGAAGCCAUAAAGCAAACUGUUUGCUUUGUAUGAGUGUGUGUGAUUUAAAAUAAUAGUUCAAUAACUCAAUAAUAAUAAUAAUAAUAAUAAUAAUAAAUGUAAUUUAUUCUGUUAUGAUUCUGUGGAACAGAUUUUUCAGGAAAUGGCUGCCAUGACACACAGUUUCUUCUCGUUCUUUGGCUGUUUCUUUGUUUCACAGUAUCUCUAUCAUUCUGUCUCUGAAAGUAUUUCAGUGAUUUUUUGAGUUCCAACUGCAAUAAACUCAUUUUUAGGAUAA